AUGGAUUUAAGAACUAUUGGAGUUUUGGGAGGUGGACAAUUAGGUAGAAUGCUUGUUGAAGCAGCAUCCCGAUUAAAUAUAAACGUAAUUAUUCUUGACAAACCUUCUGAUUCACCUGCAAAACAAAUUCAAGCAACAAAAUCUCAUGUUCAAGGAGACUUUAAAGAUCCUAAUAAAAUUAAAGAACUCGCUCAAAAAGUAGAUAUAUUAACUAUAGAAAUUGAACACGUUAAUGUUGAUAUAUUGGAAACCUUGUCAAAAGAAAAAAAAGAGAAGAUUGUUAUUUGUCCUUCCCCCACUACAAUUCGUCUUAUUCAAGAUAAAUAUGUUCAAAAAUUACAUUUAUUUAACAAUAACAUUCCUGUUGUGGAUUUCAUAGAAAUAAAUGCAAAAGAUGAUUUGAAUUUGGUAUCAGAGAAAUUCGGAUACCCAAUGAUGCUCAAAUCUAAAACACUUGCAUAUGAUGGUCGAGGAAAUUAUGUUUUACAUUCAUCUGAAGAAAUCGAAAAAGCAUUAAAAUUUUUAGGAAAUUUUAAAACUCCAUUAUAUGCGGAAAGGUGGAUAUCAUUUAUAAAAGAAUUGGCUGUCAUGGUUGUUAGAAGAAUGAAUGGAGAAGUUAAAAGUUAUCCAGUUGUAGAAACCAUACAUAAAGAAAAUAUAUGUCAUAUGGUAAUAGCACCUGCUCAAGUUAAUGGAUUAAUCUUAGAAAAUGCAAAAAUUAUUGCAGAGAAAUCAAUAUCUACUUUAAGUGGUGCAGGUGUAUUUGGAGUAGAAAUGUUUUUAAUGAGUGAUGGACAUAUAUAUGUAAAUGAAAUUGCACCUCGUCCUCAUAAUUCUGGUCAUUAUACAAUUGAGGCAUGUGAAACUUCGCAAUACGAAAAUCAUCUUCGUAGUAUCUUAAAUAUUCCAUUAGGAAGUACUAUGCUCAAAGUACAAGCCACGGCAAUGAUAAAUAUUCUCGGAAAAUCAGAAGAUUUUCAAGAAUGUUUAAAACCUUGUGCAGAAUCACUUUCUAUUCCAGGAACCACUAUACAUUUAUAUGGUAAAAAGGAAUGUAGAAAAGGACGUAAAAUGGGACACAUUACUGUAGUGGCAGAUUCAAUUUCACAAUUAUUUAAAAGAAUUAAUCCUAUUUUAAGAAUAAUUGAUGAAAAUGAUUCAUCAAUUCCAUAUUCAACAAUUCAACCACUUGUUGGAAUAAUAAUGGGAUCAGAUUCUGAUUUACCUACAAUGAAAGCAUGUGCAGAAAUAUUAAAAUCUUUUGAGAUACCUUUUGAAUUAACAAUUGUAUCUGCACAUAGAACACCACAUAGAAUGGUAGAAUAUGCAAAAAAUGCUCAUAAAAGAGGAAUGAAAGUAAUAAUUGCAGGUGCAGGAGGGGCUGCACAUUUACCAGGUAUGGUGGCUGCAUUGACACCUUUACCUGUAAUUGGUGUACCAGUAAAAGGAAAAACUUUAGAUGGAUUGGAUUCUUUAUACAGUAUUGUUCAGAUGCCGCGUGGUAUACCUGUUGCAACUGUGGCAAUUAAUAAUUCAACAAAUGCGGGAUUAUUAGCAGUACGUCAAUUGGGAGCAUUUAUUCCAAGUUAUUUAGAGAAGAUGCAAAUUUUUAUGGAUAAUCAAGAAAAUGAAGUACUUGCAAAAGUGGAUAAAUUAGAUAGUAUUAUGAGAUUUAAGAAUGAUACCCCAAUUUCAGAGUUAGAAAAGGUUGCAACGGAAAUUGAAAAUGCCGGUGGUAAAAUUACGGGUAAAACAACAAUAACUGGGAAAGUACUCAUGUAUACAAUUAAUUCAGACACUAUAACUACCUUCGCUAAUAAUGACCAUAUUGAAGAAGUCGAAGAUGAUGGAAUAGUUACAAUUCAAAAAUGA